AUGCCCGUUGACCUUUAUCAAGUGCUAGAGGUCGAUCUGUCUGCAUCAGAGCUAGAAAUCAAGAAGGCUUAUAGGAAAUUAGCCCUCAAGUACCAUCCAGACAAAGUUAGCGAGGAGGAAAGAGAGAGCGCCGAGGUCAGAUUCAAAGAAGUAUGUCACGCUUACGAGGUUCUUAGUGAUGAGAAGAAAAGAGCAGACUACGACUUGUACGGUGAUACGGAUCCGAUGGACCGAGGCGGCUUUAAUGGUAACCCAUUUGGCAAUGGGUAUGGAGGAGGAGAGUACCAAGAAUAUAAUGCUGAUGAUUUCUUUGAGUUCUUUAGGAACAUGAACGGUCAAAGCAGCAAUGGUGCUGCUAAGCACAAGAGUAGCACUGAAGAUGCCAAUAUAAACAUAGAGGUCACGCUAGAAGACUUGUUCAAGGGUAAGGUCGUCAAGGUAACAAGCACAAGAAACAUAAUAUGUAAGAGCUGCGGAGGCUCGGGGGCCAGAAAGAAUUCUAAAAUGAGAACGUGCCUGAGCUGUCAGGGUGAAGGUUUUACUCAGAAAAUUAAAAGGAUGGGGCCUGGUGUUGCAUUUCAACUGAAGGAGCCUUGUAGCAAAUGUGACGCCACAGGCAAAGUGUUUUCGGCGAAAAAUGCAUGCAAAGCAUGUCAAGGUAAGAAGGUGGUUGAUGAAACUAAAAUCUUAGAGUUUGAGAUCGUUCCCGGCUCGCCAAAUGUGGGGUCAAUUGUGCUAGAAGGUGAGUCUGAUGAAUACCCUGGUAAAGAGACUGGUGACGUCGUCUUACAGUAUACAUGCAAAGAUCACGAUGUCUUUACUCGCCGUGGCGACGAUCUUUUUACAAAGUACAAAAUACCCUUGGUGGAUGCGCUCUCGGGCUUUUCCAAAGUGCUUUGCCAGCAUCUAGAUGGUAGGGCUAUGCAUAUAACCACCCCCAAAGGAAAGGUCAUCAAACCCGGACAUUUACUUAAGGUCCCCGGUGAAGGUAUGCCUCGUGCAAACCAGGGUAUGCUCUCAAAGUUCAUGGGAUCGAAGCGUGGUGACUUGUAUAUUGAAGUUGACAUUGAGUUUCCUCAAGACAAUUGGUACUUGGAAAAGAAUGAUUUGACCAAGCUCAAAAAUAUUCUUCCCAACGAACUACAGAACAAGAACGAUAUCAAGAAGCAAGAAGUGUCGUCCCUGUCGUUGCCAGAAGCAAAUAUAGAGUACGUGGAGAAGAUUGUACUAGCCACCAAGGAAUCGCUUCCAUCCUACGAGGAAAAGCCAAAGCAGAAUGGCCAUGGAAACAGCUUCACUGGUUCCACCUACUACGGAGAGAGUUUUGACUUCGGGGGGCGUGACGAGCCUCAGGCCGAGUGUACAACACAAUAA